AUGUCACUUUGGUCAUCAAUGAUUAAUGAAAUGAUCAGAUUAGUGGACGUGUUUCCAGUUAUCUCUUCACUAUCCCUAACUCUCUCUAACAACCAGUCCGAACAACUGUCAAGCAUCUCAACAUCUGAAGAAACCAACUGUACCAUAGUCCCAGGCAAACUAA